UGGAUGUGUGGUUACGUACGCGUGUGUUGUACGUGAAAUAUAUACGAAGUAAAUGGUGUUACAUAGAUUUGUUUUAUGAUGGGGGUGGGACUACAGCCGCUUGAAUUUACAGAAUGUUUGACUGAUAGCCCUACGUUCAGGGAGAAACUUCACACACAUGAGAAGGAGCUGGAACGGACAAGUCAACAAAUAAAAGGACUGAUAAAAGAAGUAAAGGAUUUACUAAAUGCCGCAAAAAACCUGUCGAAAGCGCAGCGCACGCUGUCGUAUAGCCUCAUCAACUUCAACUUCGAGUGCAUCGGAACAUCGCAGACGGACGACGAGGUCAGCAUCGCAAAGUCGCUGUCGGAAUUCGGUCGGCUCAUCUCCAACAUCGAGGACCAGCGGGACAUGAUGCUGGACCGCGCCUACGAGCAAAUAAUUCUGCCGCUGGAGAAGUUCCGGAAGGAGGAGAUAGGAGCCGUCAAGGAUGGCAAGAAGAAGUUCGAGAAGGAAACGGCGAAGUUUUAUCUUAGCCAAGAGAGGUACCUGAACCUGUCCACCAGAAAACAGGAGAACGUCCUGCAAGAGGCUGAUGCGAAUCUGAUGCUAGAAAAGCGAGCUUUCUCAGAAGCCAGUUUAGAGUACGUGUUUCUGCUACAGGAAGUCCAAGAGAAAAAGAAAUUCGAAUUUGUUGAAACACUGCUCGGUUUCAUGUACAGUUGGUUAACAUUCUAUCACCAUGGACAUGAAGUUGCCAGUGAUUUCAAACCAUACAUGAAUGAUCUGCAGUUAAAAAUACAGAAGACAAGAAAUAACUUCGAUGCAACUCGAGAUCAUACGGAGAAGCUCAAAAAGAAAAUGCAGGAGAUAACAGCUUUGUCUGGAGCGCCUAUUAAGCCAAAUCGCCAUGAAGGUUAUUUGUACCUGAUGGAAAAGAAGGCUUUUGGCACAACAUGGACAAAGCAGUAUUGCACUUACCAAAAGGACACCAAAGAAUUCACCAUGGUACCAUACAACCACUUGACAGGGAAGCAGGCCCCAGGAGAAACUAUAAAGCUUGCAUCUUGUGUGAGGAGGAUGUCUGAAUCCAUAGAAAAGCGCUUCUGUUUUGACAUUACACCAGAAGACAGACCCGGUGCAGUAUACACACUGCAGGCACUAUCAGAUGAGGACCGCAGAUUGUGGAUGGAUGUCAUGGAUGGCAAGGAACCCGUAAGUCCCCAAUCACUUGUUCCGACAUAUUCAGUACCUGGUAAAUCAUCAAAAUCUGAAGAAACAUCUCUAGAUGAAACAGGGUUUAGAUUUGUCAGCAAGUGUAUUGAAGUUCUGGAGAAAAGAGGUUUGGAGGAAACAGGUCUGUACCGUAUGGUGGGCCUCAACUCGAAGGUAACGAAAUUAUUGCAGAUGUGCUUAGACAAGAGAAAACCUGAAAGACUACAGGCACUGGAUGAUGAAUCUGAAUGGGAGAGUAAAACUAUCACUAGUGCUCUCAAGACUUAUCUUCGCAACCUACCAGAACCAUUGAUGACAUUCCGUCACCAUAACGCUUUUGUUGCUGCUGCGAAACAAGAAACAAAAAGUCAAAGAGUGAAUGAUGUACAUACACUGGUUCAUCGACUACCGCAAAUGAACUUUGACAUGCUCAACAUGCUUGUCAGGCACCUGAAAAAGGUUGCAGAGAAAAGUGAAAAAAAUCGGAUGACUGUGAGCAAUCUGAGCACCUGUUUUGGGCCUACACUGUUGCGUCCUGAAGAGGAAACUGUUGCGGCCAUCAUGGAGACAAAGUUCUUUAAUGUCGUUAUUGAGAUACUGAUUGAGAACUAUGACAAGAUAUUCCGGACAUCCCCAGAGCCAUCUGAAAUACCAAAUCUACCUGCAACUACACAGAUGCAACCACAGCUUGGGAUGGCCACUAAUAUUGCUGCUGCUACAAAUGGAGGCAUUCCUCUACACCAUAACCAUAACCACAACCAUGUUAUACCUCCACCUAGAGCAAAGUAUGCUCAUCAGCAGUCAUCACAUGCUGUUGCACAUCUUGUCCGCACAUACGACACUCCAACGCCUGUAUCGUUGGGAGGAGGAAUGAAUCACGUAGGAAUUACAGGGCCAGGGUAUGGUAUUUCACCAACUCCGAGUGCACAUACGACUGGUCUUCCUGCUGCAGCUCAUCAUAAGUUGCAGCCUUCCAUUGUGUCAAGUCGAGUCAGUCCUUCCAGUGUUUCAGCUUUUUCUGAAAGCAACCUACUGAGUCUUGGGCAUCCGUCUUACCACAGCUACCACUCCAAGCCCCAUUAUUUUUACAGCACAAGGGGUAGUCCUGAACGCUUGGAUGUCAGUAUGAGCAGUUCAACAGAAACUCUGCCUGUCUCUGUGAGGGAUGGAAGUGGUAGCCUGGUCCACGUCCAAGACUCGCCACAGAAGAACAAGAGAGGAGGAACACUGCAUGGAAAUUACACAGCAGUUUACCGGCCACCUCAGGAUAUGAGAGUUCGUACAUUGUAUGCUUGCCAAGGAGAGAACGAUGGAGAACUUUCAUUUGAACCUAACCAGAUUAUCACUAAUGUACGGGGAUCACAGGAACCUGGUUGGCUUGAGGGAACACUUAAUGGAAAGACAGGCCUUAUUCCUGAAAAUUAUGUCGAGAAACUUCCCUGACCUGGGCUCAAACUAUGGGCAAGAAUUAGUCGACGGUCAGCCCACCUCCAGACUCAGCCGCAGGUGCCCCAUCAGCCACCGCAGUGAUGAUAAGUGCAGCUGAUAUUCUUCUGAAGCAUAUUUGCAAUGUAGUAAUGAUGUUAAAAUGAAGAUUAAUGAAUGAGUCUAUCAUCAGAGCUGUGUUUACAAAUGUACACUUUGUACAUCACCGAGAUACUUCUUUGUCAAACAAGUGUUAAAUGCGGGUCUUGGCCUUUCCAUACUUGGCUUCCAUUCACAUAUCACCUCUUAUGAAUGUGUCUUCUGCAUUGUGUUUUGAACUCAAUAAUUAAACUGACUAGCAGGUGAAGUGUAUAGUAGUCGAGUAUCAGAACGUGAUUUGUGCAGCAUCUGUGUGACUAAGAAUUGUUGCAAACCUACGAAUGUUUUGUGAAAACCUGUUAAUGUCCAGUGUAAAACUCAACAGUGUAAUUAUGAGCUGAUCAGUUAGAGACUUGUGGGCACCCCUUUAUCAUCCAGCAGAGAAUGCAAUGGCAAUAUCGUACGUUGAGCAACUGUUCAUUUAUUGUAUAUAGAUAUUGUUGUACAAUUAUUUAUUAUGUUAAUAAUAAUUUUAUUUAUGAUUGCCAUUGUCAUCUGUUGCUUUUAUGUUGCCACAUUUGAGGAAAUCAGAUACGAAAAGAAUCCUUUUCAGAGUCCAAAAAGCAGUUGUUAAACAUACUGAUUUGUAAUAUUGUGCUGCGUAUAAUAAUACUGUGUAACUUAUAUUAAAUGUGAGCCUAAAUUUUCUGUGAUAUACUUCCAUUCAUAUAGUCUCACAGAGCAAAUUCAUAGUCAUAAAAUGUUCAUAUAUUGUAUGCAAGAGUCACAAAUUCAACUAUUCUGUGCCAAUUAGAAGAAAAUGUGAUUUCACAAGAGAAAAUAUCAGUGCAAUAUAUGAAAAGAACAUGUUGUUUCCUGUUAGGGCACUUCACCAGAGAAACCUGGUGACGAAAUGUGAAAUUUUAUUGUGGAGUAGCUCAUCAAAGCUGAAAUCACUAGGUGCGAGUCUUGAUACUCCAGUGGAUUUCUUAUUGUCACAGUGUGUGUAUUAUUGUUUCAGUGCAGCUUUUCAUUUUCUUUGUAGAUUAUUUGUCAUGUAACUGAGAUGCUGAGUAGCCUGUUAGUGCUAAGGAAGAAGUGUAACUACAAGUCCAACCUUGUUUAUGUGCUUCAGAAAUACUGUUAUUGGUUAACUUUUCCAUUGUUAGUGAUAUUUUGUAUACAACAGCGUCAUGAUAACCUUGAAUUCUUUGAACUUAACAGUUUAUUGGUCAGUAAUAAUGCAUACAACUCUCGUCACAUUGUUGUGUUGGUGUCUGAGCUAAAUUGAAGGAGUAUUUGUUCUGGCUAUAGCUUUAAUGUUCAAUUAACGAGUCAUCUCGAGUGGAACAGAAUUUAACUUGAAAUUAAGGAGAACAUGAUAAUGAUGAUGAUGAUGAUGAUGAUGAUGAUGCUACUUUGUAUUCCACUAGAACAGUGAUGAUUAUAUUUUGUGUGCGACAGUACUAUUCUAAUGUUAUACGAUUAUGAUAAUUUCGAAUGGCUCAGUGUGGUAUUAUACAAUACUGAUUUCAACAAAUGCAAAUGUUGUGUAAUCCUAUAAACAGGUUCAGUAACCACUCUUUCUGUUCAUCAGAUUAGUAGUGCUCUCCAAAUGUACUGCCUUUCUUUCAUCUUUGUGGCUCUUUGGAUUUUGUUGUUCAUUGUCUGAACAAAAAAAAUGCAAUAUAUCUUUUAAGUCAGUUUUUUUUCUAUUGCCGUGUGGCAAACAUGACAUAAAUAAAAUAGUGUAAGCAAUAUGACAGAGAUUUGUGACUUGUAGUAGUCUCUGUAAUGCCCAUUUAUAAAUUUUUAUCAAUCAUGGUCAAGUAAUAGCCAGUGUGGCUAUACGUAAUGUACUCUCCCUUUGAAUGCAAGUUUUGUGAAAUUUAAUGGGAAUUGAUUCCAGAUAAUAAGCACCAGAUUUUUCAUCCGUUUGCCCUGCUCACUGUCCCUGGAUUUGUUGUUAACUUCUCAUAAUUACUUUGUUAUAUACUUAAACUAUUGCAGUCAUGCCAGUGUGUGAUAUUUUAGGCUUCUACAGGCAAACUGACUUAAGGCUUUCAAUUGGAGAACUGGAAGGGAAAAAAAUUCACUGAACAAGGUUUCUUUACAUAUCACGAACUACAUCCGUCUUUGCAAAAUAUACCAAUUUGUUACUGGGUGGUAUUUUUUCCUUCUGUAGUCUUCUGAAAAUAUGCAAAGCUUAACACGUUCCAUUGUCAAAUAAUUUGACAUUUAUUUUCUUAGAAAAUUAUUUUUAUAAAGAUAUGGAAAAUCAAACUUAAAAUGAAGCAUUUUAGCAUGGUGCACAUUGGUAGUAUUGAGAACUGACAAAAGUUGGAUAGGUGUAGGGGGACCACAUGAAUAACACCACUUGUAGAAAGCUAUAGGAAGUGUUAAAGUUUGUUUUCUCUGUGUGUGUGUGUGUGUGUGUGUGUGUGUGUGUGUGUGUGUGUGUGUGUGAGAGAGAGAGAGAGAGAGAGAGAGAGAGAGAGAGAGAGAGAGAGAGAGAGAGAAUGAAUGAGUGAUUGAGUGUUGGUGCAUGUGCAUUGAAUUUAUGAAUGCAUAAGAGACACAUUCGAUAUCUCUUUAUAAGAUAAAUAGUGAAGGGAGUAGCUUAUACAUUGCUAUUUUUGUACUUGUGACUGCUUGUUCAUAGAUUGUAGAAGCUAUUAUUUCAGUUUGAGCAUUGUCUUCUUCUGUGCCCCAAUGCUGCAUUGUAGCUUCAGGAAAUUACAAAUAAGAUAAAUUUCGUGGGACUUAAUAUUUUCAUUGUUUUCUGGUGCUGUGGCAUGAGGAGGAUUUUUCAAUAUUCGCAAGAAUUAUAGUUCUUCCAGUGUGUCUUGAACAUACUACUAUAGGCAUUGUCCAAGUGCAGAGUGUGAUUGUUUAACAUGAUGUAAGAUGCCAGUUCCAUAAAAAACUGGUAGAUUACAUUGUUAUCGUAAUAUUCUGAAAAUAGAUGGAUGCCUCCACUGUAACGCUCCCCCUCCCCCCACCCCGCCCUUUCCCCUCUCUCCAGUACAUGUUCGUUUCAGUUCCUCUUCAUUGCUCCUUUUGUUUUGUUAUUUACUAAUAAACUAUAACUACACAAGUCUUCCACUCGGACACUAAAUAACACUCUCCACAACCUAUAGAUGUUGGAUCUCUGAUAAACAGCAGAAAGGUCCAGAUUUUCUUUUCUUGGCAGAAUGUUUGAAGGAAGUGUGUGUAGCAUAGGGGGCAAUUAUUAUUAUUAUUAUUAUUAUUAUUAUUAUUAUUAUUAUUCCUAUUACUUUUUGAAUAAUCCACUUCAUGUUGAACUUCUAGCAGUUACAUGUGAUCUCACACCUCUUCAUUAUAGUAAUGAGUCUUCUUCAUGAUUAUGGAGAGUCUUUUAUCUUCAUGACUCUGUCCAGUCUGUAAACUCAUAUCUUUUCUUUCAAGCAAGACAAAAGUCUUAAAGUAGAAAAUAAAUUAGUGGUAAAUUGUACUGUGAAUUGUUUGCUUUGCCUUUAUUCAUAAGUAGCAUUUAAUUUGUAUAUAUUGUAAACAAUGAGGUUUAAUGUAUGUAUGAAAUAUAUACUUGUUAUAGUUCAUCCACUACAUAUAUUUAUGUAAAUAAUAUUUUGUUGUGUACAUACAAAUUUUGUUAAUGUAUAUAUUGGAAAUAUUUUAUUAAACUGUCACCUGUAUCAAGAUUGAUACAAUGAUUGUACAUUCCAGAUGUAACUGUUUCAGUUUUGUUGUCAAGCUUCACAGCUCAAACGCUCAGAAUAAUUUACAUUGCACACUCUUCAGGCAGAUGCCAAAGAUGAGCACAUACAUAUUGGUGCUUAUUUUUAUAAUAAAAGAAAAAUUGUGGUAAACAGUGCAAAAUAUGUGGGUGUCUUAUUUUUUGUGUACCUGAUGUAUUUGUUAGUUAAGUAAAUAAAUAUUUUUUGUUUUACAGUGUCUACUCUCAUGUCAAAGAAUCUUCAAGAAUUAUUUUCAUUAUAAUGUUAUAUGGUGUAAUUGUCAUUACGACAAACAGUGUUGACCACAGGCAUAUUGUCAGAAAUAUUUGCUAAUGUGUUUAGCAUUUUUGUAUUUGGCUAAGUAAUAAGUAUAUUUGAAAGUUAACCACUGAAACUGAAUUGAAGACUGUGCUGCACAUAAAGAAUGCUAUUUAAAAAUGAA